AGGCGCGGCAGCCGCGCGCUGCCAUGGCGGCAGCCGUUGGUGGGGAGGCCCCGGCUGCCGGCCCCGCGGCGGGCGGCGCGCUCUGGGCCGAGGUGUGGGCGCUGCUGCCCGGCAGCGAGGAGGCGCUCACCUUGGCGCUGAGCGGAGAGGUGGACGGCUGCGUGCGGCCGCUGCUGCGGCGGGCCCGCGGGCUGCUGUACGACGCGGAGGGCCGGCCCGGCGGGGAGGCGGCGGCGGCGCUGCGGCGCCUGGGCGACGUCCUGCGGGACUACUCGUGGGAGAAGCUGAACGCGGGCCCGUGGCGGGAGGUGAGCAAGGCCUGGCGGCAGGUCUACGCCUACGGCUGCCUCUUCGGGGCGCUGGCCGAGGUCGCCGCGGGCCGCCCGCUCGCGCCCGCCGUCCGCCUCUGCGACAUGGGGCUGCUCAUGGGCGCCUCCGUCCUGGACAACGUCCUCGCGCGCCUCGUCCGCGUCCUGCAGCAGCACCUGCCCCGGGAGCAGCGGCGCGGCGCGGCCGGGCUGGCCGCUGAGAGCGCCCGGACCGAGCCCCGCCCCGCCCCUGCCGUGCGGCCGGAGGACGCGGUCCCGCGGCUGCGGUGCCCUUCGCUGGAGCACUUCCGAGACAACUACCUCAUCCCGCAGAAGCCCGUGGUGCUGGAGGGGAUCAUGGACCACUGGCCGUGCAUGAGGAAGUGGAGUGUGGACUAUUUCUGUCAAGUCGCUGGGUGCCGCACAGUGCCUGUGGAAUUGGGCACCCGAUACACAGAUGAGGAAUGGUCUCAGAAGCUCAUGACUGUUGGUGACUUCAUCAGCCAGUAUAUUGUGAAUGAGAAGAGUGUGGGAUACCUUGCCCAGCACCAGCUCUUUGAUCAGAUCCCGGAACUGAAAGAAGAUAUCAGUAUCCCUGACUACUGCUGCCUGGGGGAAGGGGAGGAAGAGCACAUCACCAUCAACGCUUGGUUUGGUCCAGAAGGCACCAUCUCACCUCUCCAUCAGGAUCCCCAGCAAAAUUUUUUAGCCCAGGUAUUUGGAAGGAAGUAUAUCCGCCUGUAUUCACCACAAGAUUCAGAAAACCUGUACCCACAUGAAAGUCAAAUUCUUCACAACACCAGUCAGGUUGAUGUGGAAGACCCUGACUUAGUUAAGUUUCCCAAUUUCAGAAAGGCUGCGUUUCAAUCCUGUGUUCUGAUGCCUGGACAGGUUCUGUUUAUUCCAGUUAAAUAUUGGCACUAUGUACGAUCGCUUGAUGUCAGCUUCUCAGUCAGCUUCUGGUGGUCAUAGCUCUGAAGCAUGCAGAAAGUCUGUUAGCAUUGCAACAGGAAUUAAGAAUUCGUCUUGAGUACAAGAAUGUUCUUCCCUAUCCAGAAGUUAGAGGUCGAUUGAAAAACCCAACAAACUCGUGCUUCAGCAUGGUGAAAGAAUCUGGAUGGAUAAACAGAAAGAAGAUGCUGCAGCCACUUUACUGUUGUGGGUGUUUCAAAUAUGAACGCCUCAUAUGUUAGGUUAUCAUCAUGUGUGUGUGUAUCUGAAACAGCUCUAUCUAUGGCCGCUGCCAGGACUCUGCUUCUAACUGUAUUUGGCACAUCAGGUUAGUGUUAUCUUCUACUUGGAUUUAACAACAAACUGGGAGUUACACAAGCAGGAUUUAAAUCCCAGUGAGGGAUGGUACUACCCAAAGGUAGCAAGAUACCAGUCUCCUAUACACAGAAAGUUACAAGUGUUAAGACCUAGGAACAUAAUUAAUUGUGGCUAAUCCACAGUUUAAUUGCAGUUAAAUAAACUGAAGCUUAAUCAUGAUUUGAAUAUCUGCCUUCUGCAGAUAUGCUGCCGUUCCACACUGGUACCUGGCAAGAUUUGAUGCUUCUGUUUUUUUAAGUCACUAUUAGAGCAAAAAGCAUCCUUGCAUAAAACUGGACAGUGAAGUGCUAAUACCAAAAGCUAAUUUUAAUUACAUUUUUUUUUCCACACUUCACAUACAAAAGCUGCCAUUGCCCCAGUUCUGUCCGGCUCCCGCCCAAUCAUUUUGACUGUGGGAAUAUUCCCUCUUUUACUAAGCACAGCUGCUCACAAACUGUCCUUUUGUUUGAUGAACUCUCCUGUGUCUCCAGAAGGAAAAAAACCCAAGCAACAGUGCCCACUGAAAGCAUUCAGACUCUAGCCCUAGGUCAGAUAUUCAGCUGUCCACCUCAGUGCGACACCACAAGUACUGCACUGAUUUUUCAGCUGCUUGAAGCCCUGUGGUGCUAGGAACAGGUUUCAUUUUCAGUUGUGUCCCAGCCCAAGAGCAUGGAGAACUACAAACACAACAACCUCCAAGAGAGCUGUGCAGGCAUAACUGAAGGAGAACAGGAAGGUCAAUGAUAAUUUUAUUGUAAAAUUCUUAAAAGCUUGAGGAAAAACCAAGCACACUGACCUCUGCAUUGUUGCUAAUGAAUACAGUACAAGCCUGGCUGUUCCGCAGGAGUGGGGAAGAGAUUUUACUAAAAUCCAGUUUUCCUAGGAUCGUCUCGUGCUGAGCACGAAGUUCUUCUCUGUUCGCGCUGGUUUUGGUGGUGACUGGGUGUCCGUGCGACUCACUCCUGUGAAAAAAACAAAAGGAAGGUCAAUAACAGACACAUAAAAAAGGUUGAUACUAUAUAACCUCCAGAUUUCUAAAAUGCUUUAUACACUCCUGUGUUCCUGUUCAGUAUCCAGUUUCCCUGGCUAAAUAAAGGAAUUCCAAAGAGA